UUUCAAUGUUCAUUUCAUACGAUGCACUGAAUGAAAUUUUAGUACACCUCACAAAAUUUUUCUCCUGUACGUUCUCGUCUCGUGUUAAUUAUUUUGUGAAAGUUUAUUGUACUUUUCUUAAAAAAAUUAAAAGUGGACAAUGUGGUUUUACGCGUAUCUUAUCUCUAUAUAGUUUUGUUUUAAUCGCAACUUAAAACAUACGGAAACUGAUACAAAGGUACGGAUUUUACAAGACAAAAUCAACAUGGAUGGUCAAGAACCAAUGGAAAUGAAGUUUAGUGCAGGGAGCGAGGUGGGAGGCCUCGAGCUGUGUAUAGUGUGCGGAGAUAGGGCUUCUGGGAGACAUUACGGUGCUAUAAGCUGUGAAGGGUGCAAAGGUUUCUUCAAGCGGUCCAUCCGCAAGAAACUGGGCUACCAGUGCCGCGGCAGCAUGAACUGUGAGGUGACGAAGCACCAUCGCAAUCGCUGCCAGUAUUGUCGCCUGCAGAAGUGUCUCGCGUGCGGUAUGAGAAGCGACUCGGUCCAGCAUGAGCGGAAGCCGAUAGUGGACAAGGUGAAGUUGGAGCGGGACGGCGCUAUGCAGGAGAGGGAGAGGCAGGCGGCGUACUCGAAGCUGCUGGGCCUGGCGGCUCCGCCCCCGGCGGUGACCAAGGAGGAGCCCGAGGGGUUCGGGGCGCCAGCACCCGCUAUCAACUUCGCUUUAGCUGCGGCUGUCGCUUUCAAUAAAGGAAAUCCAGUGUCGCCAUAUUUGAAUCCGAGCAACGCGGGUGACAUGGAGGGCGCCCGGCGCCAGCACCUGAUGCUGCAGACACAACUCGCCAAGAAUCUCUUUAAAAUGGGACAGUUCGGCGCCAUCAACGAGUACCUGUCGGCGUACACGGGCGCCACGACCGCUGAAGUACCUGUUGCACCGCUACACGCCGCCGAUACGCCGCUAAAUGACGGGUCAGAAGAGUCGAUCCUGUCGACGCCGGCGUCGCUGUCGCUGCCGCUGGCGCUGCCGCCGCCGCCGCCGCCGCACCUGCGGCUGCACGCGGUGUGCGAGGCGGGCGCGCGGCUGCUGGCGGCGCUCGUGCGGUGGACGCUGGCGGUGCCUGUCGUCCACACGCUGCCUGUGGAAGUACAAGCGACGCUGCUCAAGAAAUGCUGGCCAGAGCUAUUCGUUCUCGGUUUAGCGAAGUAUUCGUCAGCUCUGUCGCUGAGCACGCUGCUGCCCCAGAUGGUCAGCCAUUUGCAAAGCGUACUCCGCGACCGCAGCGUCGGCGACUCGCGCCGGCGCGCCUCCGUGCACCAGCCGGAGCAAAUAACAACAGCGGACUAUUCAGACGAGCGCGUGGCGGAAGUGAGCAGCAUGCUGUCUCGCUUGCAGCAGUUCUUAACAAAUAUGGAGCAGCUGAGAGUGAGCGAGAGGGAACACGCUCAUCUCAGGGCCUUGUGUUUGUUCUCGCCUGAUGGCGUGCCGGAGUUCCUGACGCGCAAGCUGCAGGAGUACCAGGCGCGAGUGCUGCGGUCGCUGCGCGCGGACGCGGCCGAGCGCGGCGCGGCGCUGCUGCUUCAGCUGCCGGCGCUGCGAUGCUUCGGCGCCGCCUUCCUCGAGGACGUGUUCUUCGUCGGCUUCCUCGGCGACGUGUGCAUCGACGACACCAUACCGCAUCUGCUGGUCGCCGAGCGCUGACGUAAAGGAUAAAACAAGAGAUCUUUGGUGCUUAGUACUUAUAUAUUUUAGUAAAAUGUGCCUUAAUUAAGGCUGCCUUCCAGUAUACUAUACAUUAGUUAUAAGCAAGAGUAUUAGAAAUUCUAAGCUGUGAUUUUUGGCA